AAAUCUAAUAAUAAUAAUUCGAUUCAAAUAUAAAACACUUGUUGAACAACAAAGAGUCUCUCUCUCUCUCUCUCUCUCCUUGUUCUUCUUCGAGGAAGCGAAAGAGGGAUUCUUCAGAGGUCGGAGAUGAUGAUAGUUAAGGAUCUCCUUCGAUCCAGGGCCUCCAUGAAGGUUAGCAGCCUCAUAAGGCAUGCUGCAAGUGCCAGCAUCGCGCAAAGGCAACCAAUUGCGAGCGCUGAUCCUUUUAAUAGGCAGAUGAGCUCGGAGGCAUCUCUUCAGUCCGAGACAACAGAAGAAAAAGGGUUUAAGGGACAUGGGAUGUUGGCUCCAUUUACCGCUGGAUGGCAGAGCAGCGACUUACACCCCCUAGUUAUUGAGAAAUCAGAGGGUUGCUAUGUCUAUGACAUCAAUGGGAAGAAAUAUCUAGAUUCGCUUGCUGGACUAUGGUGCACAGCUUUAGGUGGAAAUGAACCUCGCCUUGUCAAAGCUGCGACUGAGCAAUUAAACAAAUUGCCAUUCUACCACUCCUUUUGGAAUCGUACAACGAAGCCCAGCCUGGACCUUGCAAAGGAACUUCUUGAUUUUUUCACAGCACGUAAAAUGGGAAAAGUAUUUUUCACGAAUAGUGGUUCCGAAGCCAACGAUUCUCUGGUAAAACUCGUGUGGUAUUAUAAUAAUGCACUAGGAAGGCCUAAAAAGAAGAAAUUCAUAGCACGGUCAAAAGCGUACCAUGGAUCGACAUUAAUUUCAGCUAGUCUUUCUGGCCUUCCAGCUCUGCACCAAAAGUUUGAUCUACCUGCACCUUUUGUAUUGCACACUGAUUGCCCUCACUAUUGGCGCUACCAUCUACCAGGAGAGACAGAGGAGGAAUUUUCAACCAGAUUAGCCAAUAACUUGGAGAAUCUUAUUCUGAAAGAAGGGCCUGAUACAAUUGCUGCUUUCAUUGCAGAACCUGUUAUGGGUGCUGGAGGUGUUAUUCCUCCCCCAGAUACCUAUUUUGAAAAGAUGCAAGCUGUCGUGAAGAAAUAUGAUAUUCUUUUCAUAGCAGAUGAGGUCAUUACCGCAUUUGGAAGGUUGGGUACAAUGUUUGGAUGCGACAAAUAUAACAUUAAACCUGAUCUUGUCUCCAUAGCAAAAGCUCUGUCAUCUGCAUAUAUGCCAAUUGGUGCGAUUCUUGUUAGCCCAGAAAUUUCGGAAGUAAUAUAUUCUCAGAGCAAUAAGCUUGGUUCAUUUUCUCAUGGGUUUACAUACUCUGGACAUCCGGUAUCUUGUGCUGUCGCUCUAGAAGCACUUAAGAUAUAUAAGGAGAGGAACAUUCCUGAACAUGUCAAGGCUGUAUCUCCAAGGUUCCAAGACGGCCUAAAAGCCUUCUCAGGGAGUCCCAUCAUUGGCGAGAUACGCGGGAAUGGAUUGAUACUCGGGACUGAAUUUGCGGACAACAAGUCUCCUAAUGAUCCAUUCCCUCCUGAAUGGGGGGUGGGUGCGAUUUUUGGAUCCGAGUGUGAGAAGCGUGGAAUGCUUGUUCGAGUUGCUGGUGAUAACAUAAUGAUGUCGCCACCGCUAAUUAUAUCCUCAAGUGAAGUAGAUGAAUUGAUAAGCAUCUACACAGAUGCCCUGAAGAGUACAGAGGAGAGAGUUGCAGAGCUCAAAUCUCAGAAGAGUUAGUAAAUUAUCUUAUCAAGGUGUACAAAAUAAUUAUCUUCCUUUGUUGCUAAUAAUGAAAAUAAUUAUGAGAUGUAUCUUCUUCGUGUCGCGAUGAUGCUCAUUGUCAACAGAUUAUUUAUCUUAGCAUGACAUUUUCAUAUUUCGCUCAUCAAUGUAUCAGAUUCUCUGUGAAUUUGCAUGUGGGAUCUCUUUAGUA